GAGAAAAAUCUAGUUUUAUUCGGCAUUAUAAAAUCGUGGCAAAGAAAAAGAACGAUUGUUAUUAAUCAGCUUAUAAAUACUGAUGCGAAUAUUUGGAAUUCAAACAAUGAAAAAAGAAAUAAUGUGAGAGAAUUGGUUGGGUCCCAGGCUAAUUUACCAAACAUAUUUUUUGCUACGAAUAUGCCUCGAAUUCGACGUUUCCACAAACGGAAAAGGAAGGAGAACUUCUGGUGGACGCUGCAGCAGCCAGAAAAUGAUGAGUGCUACAUCGAAGCUUUCCGUAUGAGUAAAAAAUCGUUCCUACUGCUUUGCGAAAAACUAGAGUGCUUUCUUAAAAACGAUUGUGUGCCAUGUAUCACUCCACCCCUUGCUAUAGAGAAGCAAGUAGCCAUUUGUUUAUAUAAAUUGGCUUCCUGUGGAGAAUACCGAGUUAUUGGUGAUGUCUUUGGUGUGCACAAAAGCACUGUUCACAAAUAUUUUCACCUCGUCGUGAACGCGUUAAUUCAGCUAAAAACAGAGUUUAUCAAGUUUCCACAGGUGGGAGAUGCGUUAUUAAUUGCAAGUGAAUUUGAGAAAAAAUCGCAUAUACCAAACAUUAUUGGCGCUAUCGAUGGAACCCACAUACCGAUCUUGCCACCAAGUCAAGGAUACCUAGAUUAUAUUAAUAGAAAGGGGUGGCCUUCCAUCGUAAUGCAAGGAGUGGUGGAUAGCAACUACAUGUAUGUAUAUGCAUGCAUAUGUACAUUAGAACCAAUGGGAAACAUUUUUACAUUUUGUUACUUUAGUAGUUAAAUAAAGGCGGACCUCCAUAGUAUGCGCAUCCGUAUGCGUGCGUUUGACAUUUACGCUUAGAAAUCAAAAUUCAUACAAUUUUCUUACAUUUUGAUGCGUUGCUAUGUAGGUGCUGCCAUAAACAUUUGUAUAUUCAAUUUUUCUGUCAAACGCACGCAUACGUAUACGCAUGCUAUGGAGAUCCGCCUUAAGUUGUUAAAAUACCCAUAUUAUAUAACGAUAUAUUGUAAAAAACUACAUUUUUUUAUUAA